AUGAUAUCUGUAAAGAAAACGAAACAAAAAGUGAAUUUUACAGAUAAGAUAGAAACAAAAGAAAAGCAAUGUCCUAUCAAAGACGAUGUGAACAUUGAUCAACAAGAUGAAAUAUUAUCCUCUAAAGUUACAUGGUAUCAAUCAAAUAAUGAAUUUAAGUAUAUGGUUACGAAGUUAAUUCAUUUAACCGAUUUUCAACAUCCCCUAACAUCAAACAAACAAUCCAUCUCAUCAUUAUCAUCAUCACCACCUCCAUCAGGUGAUAAUAUUGAAACAUUAAUUGCCAAGGCAACUAGAAGAAACACUAUAGUCUAUUCAACAACAGCUGAAAAUGAAGAUUUACAACAGUUAAUGAAUAUGUUUAAACCAUUCUUUAAAAGUGAUACCAUAAUAUCCAUGGAUACAAAUAAUACUCAAAUUGAUCAUCAUAUUCUAACCUUGAAUGACUAUUUAAACAAAUUUGAUCGUUGGAUUAAUAAAACUAAAAUGAUCAAUGAAUCUAUAAACAAAAGACGGGCAAAGUUCAAUUAUAUUCAUCUCAUCAAUGAACAGUUGAUUCAGUUGGAUAAUCAUUUAAGAGUCGUUUUCGAAAACUAUCCUUUGUAUACUUGUGAAGGAUUACCUAAUAAAGUCAUUACAUUUAUGGAACUUCUUGUAACUCAGAAUUUCACUACCUCAAAGAAAUCACCAUCUCUAAUCCAGUUUCUAUUCAUCGAUUAACUAGUGAAGGUAAGAAGAUACUUUUCUCAGGAUUUACCAUUUUAUUUUAUAUGCGACAAUUUGAUGUGUGGGCGAGGAUGACAAUGAUUGGUUGUCAUGAUGAGUCAGAUAUUAGAUAGAAUGACAGGUGUUAU